GACACAUACACAUCGAGAUCUCAGUCUCCAGCUUCCCCUCAAACUUCACAAAGAAAGAAAAAAAAGAAGAGACACAAAGAAAUGCAAAAGUCGGGUUCAACAGCAGGAGCAGCAGCAGCAGCAGCACCAACGCCACCACAAUCACAACAACAUCAGUGGUCUUCAAUCCUCACCUCAAAACCCAUUUUCUCCACCCUCUUCUCACUCAGAGACCCUAAACCCACCAACAAGCCCACCCUCCUCCUCUACACUUUCCUAGCCAUCUCACUCCUCUCCAUCACCUUCAUCUUCUCCCUCUGCACUUCCUCAUCCUCCACGGGCCCACAUUCCGGGCCUGACCCUUUCCUCUUCCCGGCCCACCAGGCCCACAACCACCGCAUCAUCUACGACUCUACCAAGGCCAACCCUCCCCCUCCCUCCAUCGCUUACCUCAUUUCCGGGUCACGCUCCGAUUCGGGUCGGAUCAUCCGACUCCUCCACGCCACCUACCAUCCCCUCAACCAGUACCUCCUCCAUCUCGACCCUUCCGCUUCCCACGCGGACCGCGAGCGCGUGGCUCUCACUGUCCAGUCGAACCCUAUUUUCAAAGCCGCACAGAAUGUUCAUGUUGUGGGGAAACCCGAUUUCGCGUACCAGAAAGGAUCCUCGCCCGUUUCGCUUGCGCUUCACGCAGCGUCGAUACUGAUUCGGUUGAACUUGAAGUGGGAUUGGUUUGUUAGCCUUAGUGCUGAUGCUUAUCCGCUUGUUACCCAAGAUGAUCUUCUUCACAUCAUGUCAUUCCUGCCUAAAGAUAUGAACUUUGUGAAUCAUUCAAGCUAUAUUGGCUGGAAAGAGUCGAGGAGGUUGAGACCCAUUAUUGUUGAUCCAGGCCUGUAUCUUGCUGAAGGGACCGAAAUGUUUUAUGCCACUCAGAAGAGAGAUCUCCCUAGUGCUUUCCGCGUUUUUACAGGUUCCUCUUUUUCUAUCCUGACUCGCAGUUUUCUGGAGUUCUGCAUCUUGGGAGCAGACAACCUCCCACGGCUACUGCUGAUGUAUUUUGCAAACACACCCUGGUCGCUGUCCAACUAUUUCCCCUCUGUUCUUUGUAAUUCACGUCAGUUCAACAGGACAGUCAUAAAUCAGAACUUAUUAUAUGCUAUGUAUGACAACCGUCACAUAAGUGAUCCUCGACCGCUUAAUUCCAGUGAUUUUGAUGACAUGAUUCGCAGCGGAGCUGCCUUUGCUCGGAAAUUUCAACCAGAUGAUCCUGUGCUUGAUCUAAUUGACCAAAAACUUCUGAGACGGAGUCCUGGAUCAGUUGUUCCUGGUGGAUGGUGCUUAGGUGAGUCUGGAAACAGCACAUGCUUAACAUGGGGAGAUGCUAAUAUUUUGAGACCUGGCUCAGGUUCUCAACGAAUUGAAAAAGCGAUAGUCAAAUUACUUUCAAAUGGCACUUUUCGAUCGCAUCAGUGUGUUUGAAUGGACCGACUCUAGAACCAUUUUACUCACUGUAGGUCGGUAACAGAAGAGAAACACAGCUUGAGAGUUUAAAAGUUGGUAAGAUCGAAGAACCAGUUGCUUGGUGGUGGUCCUAUCUAUUGUAAAUCUUGUGCCAAAGUCACGUAAUGAAUAUAUUUUGGGUCGUCCUUUAUACAAGUUAGGUGAGAUUGCUGAUUCCAUUGACUAAAAGUUUCCUUUGCUAACUCGGUCGCAUUUUUUGUAAUUUAAUUUGGUUGUUAAUAUGCAUGUGUUUGGCUUAGAAAUGUUCAGAUUUGUUAAAUCA